AUUCCAGAAAACAGACAGCAAACAUACCACACUGGAAGUGUCGUAGGUGGACUGGACAUGCGAGACGCAUCAGUGGAUAAGAAAGGGGUCACAGAGGGAAGAUCAGGACACAUUGGAUACUUCAGAGGAAAAGAGCUUUAUGACGUCACUGAAGAAGACAUUGUUGGUCUUCUGCGGGAGAAGAACCUAGCAAAACACAUCCCACUGUUCCAGGAACAUCGUAUUGAUGGGGAUCUAUUCUCUCAGGUCACAGAUGGUGAACUUAUAGAUUUCGGGAUUGGCGAAUCAUUUGAAAGGAAGAACAUACUGAAACUGAAGAAAUGUCUUCCGAAAUAGUACAUCUGUUGACUCACCUCGACUGGAGAUCAUGUGCUAUGCACUGUUCAUGUUGAUGUUGCUAAUGCUUUUAAUAAACUGACCUGGCUUUGGUGCCCAGUCUUUCUUUCUCACCUGAUCAUAAAUAGUACAUUUAGCAUUCGGUCAUUACAUGUCCUGUUGAUGUAAUAAACACAGUAUUUGAAACACAAAA